GAACGACCCGAGGUGGUGACCGAGGUAGAGAGGUGCGCCUCGGCCAUGCCAGCUAUCGCGGCCUGAGGCUCUCUACCUGCCGCAAUCAUGAAGGACAGCGGUGACUCCAAGGACCAGCAACUCAUGGUGGCACUUAGGGUCCGGCCCAUCAGUGUGGCUGAGCUGGAGGAAGGAGCCACCCUCAUCGCUCACAAGGUGGACGAGCAGAUGGUGGUUCUCAUGGACCCCAUGGAGGACCCUGAUGACAUCCUGCGGGCACACAGGUCCCGGGAGAAGUCAUACCUGUUUGACGUGGCCUUUGACUUCACUGCCACCCAGGAGAUGGUGUAUCAGGCCACCACCAAGAGCCUCAUCGAGGGUGUCAUCUCAGGGUACAAUGCCACUGUGUUUGCCUAUGGCCCUACAGGCUGCGGGAAGACAUACACCAUGCUGGGCACGGACCAUGAGCCAGGAAUCUACGUUCAGACACUCAAUGACCUGUUCCGAGCCAUCGAGGAGACCAGCAAUGACAUGGAAUAUGAGGUGUCCAUGUCCUACCUGGAGAUCUACAAUGAGAUGAUCCGAGACCUACUGAACCCAGCCCUGGGGUACCUGGAGCUGAGGGAGGACUCCAAAGGGGUGAUCCAGGUGGCCGGAAUCACCGAAGUGUCUACCAUCAAUGCCGAGGAGAUCAUGCAGCUGCUGAUGAAGGGGAAUCGGCAGAGGACACAGGAGCCCACAGCAGCCAAUCGGACGUCCUCCCGCUCCCACGCGGUGCUCCAGGUGGCUGUGCGCCAGCGCAGCCGGGUCAAGAACAUCCUACAGGAGGUGCGGCAGGGCCGCCUGUUCAUGAUUGACCUGGCUGGCUCAGAGCGUGCCUCUCAGACACAGAACCGAGGCCAGCGCAUGAAGGAGGGGGCCCACAUCAACCGCUCUCUGCUGGCCCUGGGCAACUGCAUCAAUGCACUGAGUGACAAGAGCGGCAAUAAGUACAUCAACUAUCGGGACAGCAAACUCACCCGGCUACUGAAGGACUCAUUAGGGGGGAACAGCCGCACUGUGAUGAUCGCCCACAUCAGUCCUGCGAGCACUGCCUUUGAGGAGUCCCGGAAUACCCUGACCUACGCGGGCAGAGCCAAGAACAUUAGGACUCGGGUGAAACAGAACCUGCUCAAUGUCUCCUACCACAUCGCUCAGUACACCAGCAUCAUCGCUGACCUGAGAGGAGAGAUCCAGAGACUCAAGUGCAAGAUCGACCAACAGGCGGGGCGGGGCCAGGCCCGGGGCAAACUGGACCGGGGCGACAUCCGUCAUAUCCAAGCUGAGGUACAGCUACACAGCGGGCAGGAAGGGCAGGUAGAGAUGGGACAGCUGCGGGAGCAGCUCAUCAGCGCCUUUCAUGAGCAAAUGGAUGUUCGGCGGCGCCUGCUGGAACUGGAGAACCAGGCCAUGGAAGUCCAGAUUGACACCUCCCGACACCUACUCACCAUCGCCGGCUGGGAGCACGAGAAGUCACGCCGGGCUCUCAAAUGGCGGGAGGAGCGAAGGAAGGAGUCCUACACCAAAGACGACAGCGAGAAGGACUCAGACACAGGAGAUGAGCCAGAUAACCUGGAGCCAGCGGAGGUGGCCUCAGCCCGGGAAAACAUCGCCGCCCUGGUGGGCGAACAGAAGAAGCUGCGCAAGCAGAAGCUGGCGCUGGAGCAGCGCUGCCGGGAGCUGCGCACACGAGGCCGGCGCCUGGAAGAGACGCUGCCGCGGCGCAUCGGCUCCGAGGAGCAGCGCGAGGUGCUCAGCCUGCUGUGCCGAGUGCACGAGCUGGAGGUGGAAAACACCGAGAUGCAGUCGCACGCUCUGCUCCGCGACAGCGCCCUACGCCACCGCCGUGAGGCCGUGCGCCGCCUGGAGCAGCACCGCAGCCUCUGUGAAGAGAUCAUCCAGGGACAGCGGCAGAUCAUCGACGACUGCAAUCUGGAGGUCCCCCGGCACCUGGAGGAACUCUAUGAAGUCUACCUUCGGGAACUGGAGGAGGGCAGCCUGGAGCGGGCCACUAUCAUGGACCGCGUGGCCUCCAGGGCCCUGCAGGACAGCUCCUUGCCCAAGAUCACUCCAGCAGGGACCACACUGACCCCGGACUCUGACCUGGAGAGUGUGAAGACACUGAGUUCCGAGGCCCAGCACCCCCAAAACAACACCCUACCCCCCCUGGGCACAGACAGUGAGUCCUACCAUGUGUUCAAGGCCAGUCCCCGGGCCUGGCAGGUGAAGAUUUCCUCCGUGCCCACUCCUCCCCCAAUCCAGGUGGGCAGCCUAGUGACCCAGGAGGCCCCACCACAGGACAGCCUGGGCAGCCAGAUCAACUCUUCCCCAGACAGCAGCGAGAACCUGUCGGAAAUCGCUCUGUCCCAUAAAGAGAGGAAAGAGAUCCUGACUCGGACCAAGUGUAUCUCAGUGAAGGCAGCCCAGCGGCGCUCUAGGGCCCUGGAAACGGAAGGGCGCCACCUGCUGGCACCUGCCACAGAGCGCAGCAGCCUGUCCUUGCACUCGUUGAGCGAGGCUGACGACGCUCGUCCACCAGGCCCACUGGCCUGCAAACGGCCGCCCAGCCCCACACUGCAGCAUGCUAUCAGCGAGGACAAUCUAUCCAGCAGCACGGGCGAGGGCCCCACCCGGGCGGUAGGACCUCAAAGUGAUGGCUCUGGGCCUUGGGUUCGUGGUCAGAAGAAAAGCCUCGACAAGAAGAGGGAGGAGUCACUGGAGGCAAAAAGGAGGAAGCGGCGGUCUCGGUCCUUCGAGGUCACAGGACAAGGGCUGUCUCGUCCCAAGACAAACCUGCUGGGGCCCCGUCCCUCAGAGGGCACUUCGGACCGCAGGAUGCCAGUGUUCGGUAGGCCAUCCCCUGGUGUCAGACAUCUGGGAAAGGUCUCGCUGCCUCUGGCCAAGGUCAAAUUUCCUCCAAGCCAGAAUACAGGCUCUGGAAACCCCUCACCCCUUCCUGUCCCCGCCAACCCAUCUGGUGUUUCCCGUAGAACUGCGCGUGGGCCCAGCCUGCCCCAUGGCUCAACCGCCUUUGGCAAAGAUGGACGCCUCCGGCAUAAUUGA